AUGGUGAACGUGGACGCCACCAUCUGUUGGGAUGCGGUGGUGGACACGUACAUGAAGGUGGACACGAGCGCACCAGUGGAACAACAGGCCAGUUACGUAACGACCUAUGCGAAGUUCAGGGUGUACGACUACUGCAAACGGUGUAAGCGUUCCAUUGAGUACGUGGACACGGUACCGACACCUUUCGACUACGGGUGGGCUGGUCGUGUGGCGGACAGCCUGAAGGCGCUUGGUGCCGAUGGCCGCUUUGCCCUGGACAUCCUGAUGAACGGAUGCCCUUUCAAGCGCGAGGUGGCUGACCUCAUCCGGGAACUCAUCAACAAUGUCGGGGAACUCCGCAUUUAUGAUGCCGUGGAAGGUCUUUACUGUGAUGUGCCGACGGGGGGUCAUGAUGCUUAA